UACUUUCUUUCCAUGGUCACCGCGCGCGCCUCACACUCUUCUACCAGUAGUGCCAAUAGUGAUAGCAGCAGCGACAGCAAAUUGUCAUCGCGGCUCAUCGCGUUCAGAAUCUCCCGUCACGGUUUAGUAGUGGUUAACUUUGCGCCGAGAUUAGAUCGACGUAUGUUUAGGGCGUAUGACGAAAAAGAAGAGCCCUUGGAGUCCUGGCUUCGCGUUCUGAACUUUUGCAACAGCUGAAUCGGGUCGAAGCGUCUUUCAGACAGGCGGUUAAUAUUCAGGACAAGUGACUGCCACACAAAUGGCAAGCAUACCCAACGGAUUUAAAUUCAACUAGUCGGCACACCAGUGAAAGUGAUCGAGCUGAUAUUGACAAGUUUCUGUUCAAUAGCAGAUCGAAUAAAUUUCAGCAAAGCGUGAAUUAGUGCUAACAGCAAGUGAUAAUUGAAAGAAAAUGGAACGAUAUUUCAGCCUGCUGACUCAGUUGCUGACCGUGUGUGUUCUAAUUGGGCUGAUAAAUUGUCAUAUCACUUAUGAAACCCAAGUCCGUCCCGCUCCGCGGCAGGACCCUAACCAACGUAAUCCCUUUCUCGAGUGGCUUGUCAGCUGGAUUGGCUCCACUACGACCACCCAAGCCCCACCACUAACUCCACCUUCCGAUUGUGAUGAGUGCAAAUGCGGUCGAACCAAUCAAGCGACCCGAAUCGUUGGCGGCACGGAAACUCGCGUCAACCAAUACCCAUGGAUGGCAAUGCUUCAGUACGGUGGAACCUUCUACUGUGGAGGCUCAUUGAUCACAGAUCAGCAUGUCGUGACGGCAGCUCACUGCGUCCAUGGUUUCAAUCCCGCCAAGAUAUCCGUCAUUUUGCUGGAUCAUGAUCGUUCCAGUACAACCGAAGCGCAGACUAUUACCUGCAAAGUGGAUCGAGUGAUCAAACACAAUGGGUAUAACUCAAACAACUACAACAGUGAUAUCGCGGUGCUGAAGCUUGAUCAGAGGAUCAAAUUUAGCGAUAAGAUUCGACCAGUUUGCCUUCCAUCGGCGAAGAAAUCCUUCACGGGUUAUGAAGGAAUCGUGACUGGAUGGGGAGCAACGUCGGAAAAUGGGCAGAUAUCUGUUAAUCUGCAGGAAGUUGCCGUACCGAUAAUGUCCAACACGGACUGUAAGAAAACCGGGUAUGGACAGAGCCGCAUAACUGACAAUAUGCUGUGUGCUGGGUACCCAGAGGGAAAGAAAGAUUCUUGCCAGGGAGACAGUGGGGGUCCACUGCACGUUAUCGAUACGGAAAUGAAAUCGGAGAACGUCCAUCAACUUGCGGGGAUUGUAUCGUGGGGAGAGGGAUGUGCCAAGCCAAACUACCCUGGAGUAUACACCAGGGUGAAUCGUUUCCGAACAUGGCUUAUGACUAAUACCGCCGAUGCUUGCUACUGUUCGGAAGUAACACCAAAUGCGGCUGACGAAUUGACAAACGACGAAGAUAGUGUCGUUAUCACCGCCGAAGGCAAUCCAGGUCGUCAAGAUAAUGCCUUUUUGGAAUGGUUAGAAGUACUAACCGGAAUUCAACGCCCAUCGCCUCCACUGAAGCCAGCUGAAAAUUGUACCAUGUGUCAAUGUGGUCGAACCAACACGGUGAAGCGAAUCGUUGGAGGAAUGGAGACUCGCGUCAAUCAGUAUCCAUGGAUGACAAUCCUCAAGUACAACAAUCGGUUCUACUGUGGCGGUACGCUCAUUACCGAUCGACACGUAAUGACAGCUGCCCAUUGUGUUCACGGUUUCAGCCGAACACGGAUGAGCGUUACGCUGUUGGAUCAUGACCAAAGUUUGUCGAAUGAGACGGAAACUAUAACGGCAAAGGUGGAGCGGAUCUACAAACAUCCCAAGUACAGCCCUCUGAACUACGAUAAUGAUAUUGCUGUUCUACGACUGGAUACUGUGCUGCAAAUGACCGAUAAGCUGAGGCCGGUGUGUCAGCCAACUUCCGGGGAACUGUUCACGGGUUACGAUGGUAUUGUGACUGGUUGGGGAACAACCUCCUCUGGGGGAAGCGUUUCACCAACACUCCAGGAGGUCUCGGUUCCAAUCAUGUCCAACGAUGACUGCAGAAACACCAGCUACAGCGCAGACCAAAUCACCGACAACAUGAUGUGCGCUGGGUAUCCCGAGGGAAUGAAGGAUUCCUGCCAAGGCGACAGUGGUGGCCCCCUGCAUGUGAUUAGCAAGGAAAUGGAGUCGGAAAACAUUCAUCAGAUCGCAGGGGUUGUAUCUUGGGGUCAGGGUUGCGCCAAACCGGACUACCCGGGAGUGUAUAGCAGAGUGAACCGCUAUGAGGAUUGGAUCAAAAAUAAUACAAUCGACGGGUGUUACUGUGUACAGUGAUCAACAAUUAGUAACAAAUUACAGUGAAAUAAUCGUUCAUUUAUUUAUUUAUUUAUUUAUAUUUUAGUCAGUAGCAAUGUGCAAUAUUUUCAAAACUGAAACGUGCAAUAAGAUAUAUAA